CACUUGUGAGACUAUGUUUUGUUUAUUUACUUCCGUCAACCAUGCCUCGACAGCAAUCACUUUUCAAUAUUAAUUUUUCGUUGUUGGUUACUGUUGCAGCUCUUCUGCCUUUAUUAGGGGCUUUUGUUUGUAUAGUUUUAUCGAUUUUAUAUAAUUUCAAAGAAUCUACUUGGACACACUGUCGCGUAUCAAAUUACUUACCAUCCAUUAGUUCAGCCAUUGGAGGAUAUGCCCCACAGAAAUAUAUAUGGAGGAUAUGUAUAGCUCUUCAUGCAGCACCAAGAUUUUUAUUUGCUUUCACAUAUUAUGGCUAUUACACACAUUUUCAUGUUGGAGUGAGGAAUACUUUAUACAAGAACCUUGCAAAGCUCUGUGUUUUCCUACAUAUAAUUGAAAAUGCAGCUUUAGUCACUCUUACCUAUGUAUCAUCUACUGAUAAUUAUGCUGUGCAUGAGAACAUGUUUAUCACCUUCAUGGUUUGUUCUGAGUGCUAUAUGUUGCUUACCUGUAUUCUUUACAAAUGGAGUCACACUACCAAUGGACGUGCCAUGACAAAAAUGGAGGUCAUGUCCUACCAGUAUAAAAAGUUCCUCUUUUUCUUCAACAUUACCAUGUUCUUGGCAGCAGUAUACAUGUUUUUUAGGCAUGAGUGGUAUUGUGAAACUGGAGUGUAUUCCAUAUUUGCCCUGUGUGAAUAUCUUGUAGUAUUUUCCAGUAUUGCCUUCCAUUACACCGCCAAAUACGACUUCUCAGAUCAGCUGAUUCUACUGUCAGGAGAGGAGAGUGGGGAUAUCUACAAAGAAAUGGUAUUAUCACAUGCAGAACAUUUGAGUAGACCGCUUUGCAUUAUGGCUUAUCAAAGUAUACUCUUUCGGUUGCACUUUUCAACUUUGAGCAACAUUGUUGCCGGACUUCCAUUUUUCGCAACCUUAUUUUGUGUUAUCUGGUCGGUGUUAUUCAAUUUCAAGGAAUCUACCGCAACACAUUGCCGGGUAGCCAACUACCUACCGUCCAUAAGUGCAGCCAUUGGUGGAUACAUUCCUCAGAGAAAUGUAUGGAGAAUCUGUAUUGCCCUUCACGCUUUUCCACGAUUCCUCAUUGCUUGUGCAUAUUACCGCUACCAUAUGCGAUUUGUAGUAGAAUCCUGGAGCAAUAUUUAUACCAUUUUAGCUGGACUAUGUACUUUAUUACAUACUGUGGAGAAUUUUGCUCUUGUCAUUCUAACGUAUAUAUCCUCCCUCGACGAUAAAGAGAUUCAUGAAAACAUGUUUGUAUUAUUCAUGGUAACAUCUGAGAUCUACAUGUUGUUGACAUGUUUUCUGUACCGAUGGGGCCAUUCAGGCAAAGGACGGGAUAUGACUCCUAAAGAAACUAAAUCAUACCAUUAUAAAAUUGUCUUAUUUAUCUUCAAUCUCUCCAUUUUCCUGAUGGCAGUAUACAUGUACUUCAGGCAUAACUGGUAUUGCGAGAGUGGAGUAUACACUGGAUUCGCUGCCUGUGAAUAUUUGGUGGUAUUUUCAAACAUUGCUUUUCAUUACACUGCCAAGUUAGACUUUCACGACCAAGUCAUGACUCUGGGAGGAGAAUCUCAUCGAACUUCAAAGGCAGCUUAACAGAUAUUUUCUUCAACAUUUUACUGUGUUUAACAUGGCAAAUAAAA